GUUAGUGCAUAUAAGAAGCCAUAUAAAGUGAUUCUAGCAUAUAAACACCAAGCUCAUACAGGGUAUCGUUCAAUACCUUUAACUUUAUUGAUCUAGCUGUCUUGCAAGAUCAAUUUUAAGUUCGAUAGACUUAAAUCUGACAGUAGAGGACAACGAGCAUGUCGAGAAUAAAAAAGGUAUUGAUCGGCUGUACCGGUAGCGUGGCCACGAUAAAGUUGCCUCAGUUAGUAGAGAAAUUGUGGCAGUACAACUUGGAUGUGCGCAUUGUCGUGACGGAGCGAGCCAAACAUUUUCUGAAGGAAUCCGAGCUACCACCGGGAAUUCAAAUUCUCUCGGACACGGUGGAAUGGGCAGCCUGGCAAGAUCGUGGCGAUCCAGUGCUCCACAUAGAUCUAGUUAAGUGGGCGGACCUAUUCCUCAUAGCUCCUUUAGAUGCAAAUACACUUGGGAAGCUUGCAAGCGGCAUUUGUGACAACAUACUAACAUGCGUUGCGCGGGCCUGGGAUUCCAGCAAGCCUUUGCUAUUCUGCCCUGCAAUGAACACUAGAAUGUGGGAACAUCCGGUUACUGCCCCUCAGGUGUCCCUGCUCAAGUCGUGGGGAUAUAAAGAGGUUACCUGCAUCACGAAGACCUUGAUGUGUGGUGACACGGGUAUUGGAGCUAUGGCUGAAGUGGACACUAUAGUUCAGACAACUCUUCGCGCCCUCAACCCUUGGGAUCCGUAUUCUCCGCCCGAUCUGCAUCCAUAGUUUCAUCAUUUUACAGAUAUCUGCUAAUUUUCCGAAGAAAAUUUUAACAACAUGCAAAGAGAGUGAAUAAACCGAUCAUUUUUUAAUAUA